AUGUUGGCGACACAGGCGGUCUCUCGGGCGAGCUCCCGGCUGGGCCAGCAGCACGAGGACGCCGCGGCGGCGGGCGUCUCGGAGGAACCUCGCGGGUCGGAGGUCGAGGAGCAAAGGGAGAACCCGGGGGCGGCGGCCGGCCCGGGAACGGGGGUGGCGGUCGAGGGUGGGGGCGGAGGCGGCAUGGGAGGCUUCUGGAGGCAGAGCAGACCCUCCAGUCCCCGCAUGCCGCCUCCGGAGCAGCCGGAGCCCAGGCCGAAGAGCCGACACGAGCCGGCCCCCGCGAGGUACAACAACCUUGGCUAUUGGCGAGCCCGACGUGUCACCUUCUACAAGAAUGGGGACCCCUACUUUCCCGGGGUCGAGUUCAGAUUCAAGCCUGGGAGAGACAUCGGCUCCCUGGAGGCUCUUCUGGACCGACUGUCCCUUCGCCUGGACCUGCCCAGAGGGGCUCGACACAUCUUCUCCAUGGACGGGGACCGGAAGAUCAGCCUGGAGGAGCUGGAGGACGGUGCCUCGUACGUCGUUUCCAGCUACAAGACCUUCAAGCCGGCGAGCUACGGCAAGAAGAGCAACACCUGGUACACCUCACCUGCAGGUGCGGGCAGGCCUGCAGGCACCUGGAGCAGACCCCCUGCGGUGGCGAGCCUCAGCAGAAAGGCCAGCAUCACGGAGGAGGCGCCGCCCCCAGGAGGUGGCAAGCCAUCUUCGGGAAGGGUCAUCAGGAUCGUCAAUAAUCUCGACCACACCGUUCAGUGCCGAGUCCUGCUGAACCUGCGCACCUCCCAGCCCUUCGAGGAGGUCCUGGAGGACCUAGGUCAGGUCCUCAAGAUGAACGGAGCCAAGAGAAUGUUCACCGUGUCCGGUCAGGAGGUGCGAAGUUUCUCCCAGCUGAGAAACGAGUUCGCAGACGUGGACACCUUCUACCUGGGCACCAGCACCUCGGUGAGCAUGGGAGCCAUCACGGCAUCGCCGGCAAGAAGGUCACGAUCACGAGGACCCCCGGCAGUGGUGGAGGACAUCGGACGCCAAAGGCGAACUCGUAGCAAAAGCAGACCCAGAGCUCUCUACGCCCCCGACUCCGAGGUUGUUCGCGUAAACGACUACAGCGCAGUGGAGGUGCUCAGAGACGAGCCUGCCAAGGUGACCAUCCGGGGCCUGAGGCGAUCUUUCUACCCUCCUUCUCACCUUCCUCCGGUCGACAACUCGCCACCUGAGAAAAAGCUCCAGUUAGAAUGGGUUUACGGGUACAGGGGGACGGACACCAGGAGGAACCUCUGGGUCCUCCCAAGUGGAGAACUCCUGUACUACGUCGCAGCUGUGGCCGUCCUCUACGACCGGGAGGAGAACGCCCAGAGACAUUACGUCGGCCACACGGAAGACAUUACCUGCAUGGAGGUCCAUCCGAGCAGAGAGCUGGUGGCUUCUGGGCAGAAGGCUGGGAGACACAGGAAAGCUCAGCCUCAUGUUCGCAUCUGGUCCACCGAGACUCUCCUCACCCUCUACGUCUUCGGCAUGUCGGAGUUCCAGCUGGGGGUGUGCGCCCUGGCGUUCUCGCAGCUGAACGGAGGUAGCUACGUGCUCGCCGUCGACUCCGGCAGGGAGGCCAUCCUGUCGGUCUGGCAGUGGCAGUGGGGCCAUCUCUUAGGAAAAGUGGCGACUUUGCAGGAGGAUCUCACGGGGGCAGCCUUUCACCCCCUGGACGACAAUCUCCUGAUAACUCAUGGCCGAGGGCACCUCACCUUCUGGAACAGAAGGAAGGACGGAUUCUUCGAGAGGACCGACAUCAUUAAGCCUCCGUCGCGCACGCACGUCACCAGUCUACAAUUUGAACAAGAUGGCGACGUGGUGACCGCAGACAGCGAUGGCUUCAUCACGGUGUACUCCGUUGACGCCGACGGGGCUUACUUCGUCAGGAUGGAGUUCGAAGCUCACAACAAGGGAAUAAGUUCCCUGGUGAUGUUAUCAGAGGGCACGCUCCUAUCCGGAGGCGAGAAGGACCGCAAGAUCGCUGCCUGGGACUCCCUACAAAACUACAAGCGCAUCACCGACACCAAGUUGCCGGAAGCUGCAGGCGGGGUGCGGAGCAUCUACCCGCAAAGACCUGGAAGAAACGACGGGAACAUUUACGUCGGCACCACGAGGAACAACAUCGUCGAGGGCUCCCUCCAGAGGAGAUUCAACCAGGUCGUCUUUGGCCAUGGAAGGCAACUAUGGGGCCUUGCGGUGCACCCUGACGACGAGGUCUUCGCGACUGCCGGCCACGACAAGAACAUCGCCCUCUGGAGGAGGCACAAGCUCUUAUGGACGACGCAGGUCGGCUUUGAGUGCAUCUGCAUAGCGUUCCACCCCUUCGGGGUGGCCCUGGCGGCCGGCUCGUCGGAAGGCCACCUUCUGGUACUCGCAGCAGACACAGGAGCCGCCGUGGCGACCCUCCGCGUCUGCGGAUCACCUCUCUCCUGCAUUGGAUACAACCCAACUGGCGAGAUCGUGGCGAUGGGCUCGCAGAACGGCAGCGUGUACCUCUUCAGGGUCUCCCGAGACGGGUUCUCAUACAAGAAGAGCAACAAGAUCCGCGGCGCCCAGCCGCUGGUCCAGUUGGACUGGAGCUCCGACAGCAGAUUCUUGCAGACGGUCACUCAGGACUACGACCUGGUCUUUUGGGACGUGAAGUCCCUCUCCUCGGAGAAGAGUCCCUUGGUCAUGAAGGACGUCAAGUGGUACACCUACAACUGCACGGUCGGCUACAUGGUUUCCGGUAUGUGGAACAACCGGUACUAUCCUUUGACGACCGUGCUGACGACGUCGAGUCGUUCCGCUGCGCACGACAUGCUCGUCAGCGGGGACGCCGAGGGGUAUCUGCGGCUCUUCAGGUAUCCUUGCACGAGCGCCAAGGCGGAAUACGUCGAAGAGAAGGUCUACAGCUCCCUGGUGGCUUGUGCCCGUUUCCUGUACAACGACCAGAACGUCGUGACCGUAGGCGGCACGGAUGCUGCGCUGAUGCUCUGGGAGCUGGUGGACGAGUAGAAGCCGGAAGUGCGUAGUCGGGUGAAGUGGCGAGGUGUGGAGGGACUUUUUUUUUUUCUUUUCGAGCAUCUCUGCCACCGUUUUCCGGGAUUUUACCGUAUCGAGGGUAAAACUGAGGCUCCACUUCCCGACGUAGAGGG